AUGAUACGAUUAACGGCGCAGGUACUUGUCAUAAUCGCACUAACAACUUCAGUUGACUCUGAAAUUGAAAAAGAAUCCAAAUUGUCAUCUAUCCUCCUCCCCGACACAUCUGCUAGAAUAGCAAGGAGUUACUAUGAAAGAUACAGCCGUCCAUACGACAGGCUAGAUGACAGACGCUGCGGCCGUUGUGAUGACGAUGACGACAGGGAUGAUCGAGAUGACAGACGAUCUAACAAACCAUCAUACGGCAGCAGAUAUGACAGAAAUCGAGACGACGAUGACGACGACAAACGCUACGACAAUGACAGAAGAAGCAACAAGAACGAAACGGAUGAUCAGAGCGAUGACAAGAGUCACGAUGACAAAGAUAGACGUCGGGACAGACCGAGGAAUAGACCCAGGAAUCGUUAUGACGACAGAGAUAGGUACGGACCGGAUUAUUAUGAUAGAUUCCUGAGGGAUAGGGACAGAGACAGAUACAGCGAUCCGUAUCCGCGCCGACCGUUAUAUGACAGACGUCCCUAUGCAUAUGACGACCGUUAUGACAGAUAUGACAGAUAUGACGGAUACUACUCGUACAGACGCCCUUACUAUGAUGACCGGUAUGACCGAGGAUACGACGAUGGUUACGGGGGUUAUGGCCCAGGCGUUGGUUCGGGACCUCAUGACAGUUUCAGGCCAUGGGAUGAAACCUACCGUGGUCAAUCUGGUUGGGAUGCAGGUGGCCGAGGAUACUACUUCGCGUCUGGACGACCUGACUCCACCUGGAACCAAAGGGAAUAUGCCAGACCUCAACCGGGAUACCAGAACAAUCCAAGCUACUCCAACGGAUAUUCCAGUGGUUACAGCGGUUAUCAGGACCCUUACCGUGGUAAUAGUGGGUACAAUAAUUAUGGGUCUGGAUAUGGUUCUGGUUCUGGUUACGGCUCCGCCUAUGGUUACCAAGACGUGGGGUACGGCCAGUCCAGUGGGUGGCGAAACGUGGGGCAGACGAGACGACCCUAUAGAGACGAAAGCGGCGUAACAAAACUAGACAGCCAAUAUAUCCAAACAUCAGAUAACAGAUACGGCACUCGAACCCCGAGCCAGUCCAGCUCCUACCAAUCUACCUUCAGUCAGAGUACCACGGAGACCAGCUAUCUCCAUGAGAGGGCAGAUCAGCUCGUCAAGAUUGAGGAGUCGACGCAAAACGCUCAAUAA